AUGCCCAGCAUGGAGGUUAAAGAGGAGGGCAUUGUCUCCUUUAGGUGGAGAUUGAGAGAGGGCUGGCGGAGUAUCAAAGAGUCUAUUGCCAGCUCGGAAUACCGCUGCCCAAAUGGACAUCAGUGGUGUGGCCUUUUAAUUUACGAAGGUGGAAAGCUCAGCGUGUAUGUCCAGUUAAUUUCUGCUGUCACACCGGUGUUGGUUGAAGUAAGGAAAUGUAAAUCAUAGUUAGUGUAGGGGAUGGCAACAAAGGAUUAUGGAAUACGCUUUGUACCCUUUAAAAGGAAUUUAUGGCUGUUUUUGGCAGGCUUGAGAAUAUGCUUAAAUGAUUAAAUGAUUGAAAUAUGACAAAUUAGUCGGCCACCGACCAUUAGUUAAAAUUACACAUCCAUUUUAUCCCACCAGUGGUAUCAAGUAAGGUGGUCUAUGAUUAAAGAGUUUUUUUUCUCUAUUGCAGGAUUGUCUUGAUUCCUGGAACCACUGAACAACAAGUGCACCCCUUUCCAGUCACUCAAGUAAAGGAGUGUGAUGUGAUUGGGAAUAUUCCAGCUGCAGAUAUAACGAAUAUGGACGAUAUCCUGACGAUGAAAUUUAUAAUAAGAUACUGCAAUCUUACUGAAAAGUUAACUCCGUUUUAA